AUGUCGAGUCUUGCCAGUUCAGCCGGGGACGUCCUGGCCGACUUCACCGACGGCUUUCAUGCCUUUGUAUCUGCCACAGAGAUCAGUCUAUGGCAGGUGGUCCCCGCCUUUCUGAUGCCGUCGCUCUUCAUGCCUCUAGCCCGGAUUCCUCGCACGGGAACAGGAAAGAUCGAUCGUAGGAGCAUUCGUCAUGCCUUUCUGAGUCUCCCAGCCGGUGCGCUGGAUCCAAUUCGCCGACGGAAAGCCCCGAAAGCAGAGCCAGCGACGCCUGCGGAAGAUUUGGGCAGAGCCGGUGUUGACACUCCUCGCCAACACGGCAGCUCCUUUGCCCAGGGCCCCGUCAGACAGUUGGAGCCGUUCAGUCUGUCGAGGGUGGACGCGGACCCCAAGUCUUUCUCCGAUCUCGUAUGUCGUGAAGGGAUUUUGCCUUGUCGAGUGCUCGACGCUCUCUCUGCAACAGAGGUCCAGGAAUUCUUCAUCCAAAGGAACACGGUGCGCUAUUAUAAUUUCCGUCUGCGGGGCACAAUCGAUGUCGAUCGACUCCGUGCCGCAUGUGAUGAGAUGAUGACCCGGUUCAGUAUCCUGCGCACCGUCUUCCUGGACCGUCACGUAGCUACGAGCAGGUCGUCCUACGAGGGGUUCCCCUGCCAUUCGUGCAUCACUCCUUUGGCCAGGAUUUCGUCUCCCAAGCCCAAGCUCUGUGGGAAGACGAUCGAUCCAGUUUUGAUAUUGCUCGUUUAUCCUGGUAUCCGGUUCCGACAAGGACCAUCUGUUUACGGUUCGCAUCUCGCAUGCGCAGUGGGACGGCGUGUCCAUGCCGCUCCUCUUCCAGGAUCUGGCUGCCGCGUACAAUGGCGUCGCCUUGUCACCACCUCGGGCUUCUCAGACGUCCUCUAUCAACGCGCCGUGCAGCGAGGCGAGGCAGGGUUUAGCUUCUGGCGAGAAUAUCUGGAUGGUGCUGUGAUGGCGCGAACCGCAUUACCGUCUCUCCCCGCGGGGUUCACCAUGGCCACCCUCGUCAUUGCCGCCUGUGGAUUCCAUCUCGCGCGCCUGAUGUCCUGCACGGAUGUCACCUUCGGCCAAACUGUCAACGGGCGUAGCAUGCCCCUCGAGAAUAUCGAUGUGAUCCUAGGACCCUGCCUGAACUUCAUUCCAUUGCGACUCCGCCUUCAGCGCGCCUGGACAGUGCGGGAUCUGCUCCAGCACGUUCAGGACCAGUACGUGCGCCCACUCCAGUACGAUUACAUGGGGCUCCGGGAUAUUGUCCGGCAUAGUACGGACUGGCCAGCGGGCACUGAGUUUGGGCUCAUCGUGCAGCAUCAGAACAUCCAGUUGCAGCACGACCUUCCCUUGGAGGGUGAUGUCCAGGUCGAAUACUCGCUGUUUCCGCAGUUCAACCCCGUACGGGAAGUCUUCGUCUUCUCCGAGCCUCAUGAGACCCAUUUGGAGAUGCAAAUCUGCGCCAAUAGCCGGAUUCUGUCGCCAGAUGCGGGCACUGCGUUGGUCAAAUCCCUUUGCGAGAUCAUCGAGCUGUUCGCCGACAAUCCGGAUAUGCGCCUCGCCAAGGAGAUGGAUUCGGUCUCGGUAUAG